AUGGGUUCCAUCGAGACCCAAGAGCAGCACUACGACGUCCUCAUUAUCGGGGCUGGGCUCUCCGGCCUCUACAGUCUCUAUCAUUUGAGAAACCGCUUUCCAUCGUGGCGCGUCCAGAUCAUCGAAGCCGCCGCCGACGUGGGCGGCACCUGGUACUGGAACUGCUAUCCUGGGGCUCGAGUCGAUACAGAGUCCCUCACAUACGGCUACUCGUUCGACAAGGAGCUUCUGGACGAGUGGACUUGGAAAGACACAUUCUCCACGCAGCCGGACGUGCUCCAGUACAUCCAGCGGGUCUGCCAGAAACACGACUUGCGGAAGGACAUCCAAUUCAACACACGGAUCACAUCCGCUCGUUGGCAAGAUGCAGACCGUAAAUGGCUCUUUACAGACGAGCAAGGAAAUCUGUACCGGACGAGGUUUUUCAUAAGUUGCAUGGGGUUUCUCUCCUCGCCGACUCUGCCCGCGAUACCUGGUAUCGAGGCCUUUCAGGGCAAGGCCUUCCACACAUCCCGCUGGCCAAAGGACCUCGUCCUGAGUCGGGACUUUGCCGGCAAGCGGAUUGGAGUCAUCGGUACUGGGGCCACAGGCAUCCAAGCCAUCACGGCCAUAUCCAAGGAACCCAGUAUACGGUCCCUCGACGUCUUCCAGCGGACAGCAAGCUGGUCCGCACCGCUCCGCAACGAAGAAAUCACGCCCGAGCAGAUGGAGAAAUACAGGAAACAAUACGACUCCAUCUGGCAGGGAUGCGCAGAGACGCCAAGCGGUUUCAUGCACAAGGCCGAUCCCCGGAAGUCCCUCGAAGUAUCCGAGGAAGAGCGUCUCGCUCUCUGGGAGAGGAUCUACGCCCAGCCCGGCUUCGCGAAAUGGCUGGGUACAUUCAGCGACACCUACACGAACCCGAAAGCGAACAAGCUCUACUCGGAUUACAUGGCGAGCAAGAUCCGUGCGAGAGUACACGACCCCGAGGUGGCAGAGUCUCUCAUUCCCAAGAAUCACGGCUUCGGAACACGCCGAGUCCCUCUGGAAAGUGGUUAUUUCGAAGCGUACAACCAGCCAAACGUCCACCUCGUCGACCUGCAGAAGACGCCCAUCGAAAAGGUCACGGCGGACGGAAUCCUGACCGUAGACGGCAAACUGCACGCGCUGGAUAUUCUGGUAUGCGCAACGGGCUUCGAUGCCAUCACGGGCGCCUUCAAUGCUAUCGAAUGGCGCUCGAAAGACGGACGGCCCCUCAUCGGCAGUAGCAGCACCAGGGAAGGCGAAAAUGCCAUCUGGAUCGACCACAGACCACGCACGUAUCUCGGCCUGACAUCUUUGUCUAUGCCCAACCUGUUCAUGGUCCUUGGGCCGCACCAGCUGUUUGGAAACGCGCCGCGGAGUAUCGAGCACGCUGUGCAGGUUGUCUCUGAUCUGCUCCAGUAUUGCAAGGAGAACAACUUCCCCUUCGUGGAGCCGACGGAGGAGGCCGUGGACGAAUGGACCGAGCACGUCUACGCGUGUAGCAGGGGGGCGUUGUCGAACGAGGUGGACAGUUGGAUGACCGGUGUCAACAGCAAUGUCAAGGGGAAGCAUGUACGGAGUGUUGCGAGAUACUCUGGGAGCGCUCAGGAGUAUCGCCGGAGAUGUGCUGAAUGCAAAGCUGCUGGUUGGAAGGGGCUGCAGUUUGCUUAGACCGGCUGUUGCAGAAUGAAGGCAUGGAGGCAUGGAGGCAUGGACUGGCUUGUUGAGCCUUCUCUGCUAAGAACUAGACCUGGGUAAUCCAUUCAUUAUGGAAACGUAGAGGGCUGAAUCCAACUCCAUUAUAGCUUCACAA